GUACCCUAUGACCCAAUCAAAGAAACUAUCUUCGGUGGAGACACUCGCACGAUUCGAGAAGGACGUGAAGCGGACCGACACCGGGUUCCUGGCGAUAGCAACAGAGUUGGAGAAUGACGGAGAGAAAGCCUCGGAAACUCCAGAAAAAAUCAAGGAAUUAUUGACGGAGUUCCAAGACAUUCUUCCUGACGAUCUUCCGAACGAGCUACCGCCAUACCGAACGCAUAAACACGAGAUCGUGGAGGAACCGGGUUCGAAGCCGACCUUCCGAGCACCAUACCGGCUCAGCCCUACGGAGCUGACCGACAUGAAGAAGCAGAUCGAGUAUCUCCUAGCCAAAGGACUCAUCCGACCAUCUACUUCGCCAUACGGUGCCCCAGUACUCUUCACCCCGAAACCGGACGGAAGCCUGCGCAUGUGCAUCGACUACCGAGCUCUUAACAAGCAGACCAUCAAGAAUAAAUAUCCGAUACCGCGAAUCGAUGACCUGCUUGACCAGCUUCGGGGAGCUACGGUAUUUUCCAAACUGGAUCUGCGGUCCGGAUACUGGCAGAUACGGAUGGCGGACAACUCUAUCCACAAAACUGCUUUCCGAACUCGGUACGGAUCGUACGAGUAUUUGGUCAUGCCGUUCGGACUCACCAACGCGCCGGCAACAUUUCAAGCCGAAAUGAACCACAUUCUACGCCCACUUUUGGACGAGUGCGUGGUGGUGUACCUGGACGACAUUCUCAUCUACUCGCGCGACAUGAAGCAGCACGUCGAACACCUGCGACGCGUCUUCGAAAUUCUUCGACGAGAACGAUUCUACGUCAAACUGUCCAAGAGCGAAUUCGCCCUGGAGAAGGUCCAAUUUCUAGGCCACAUGGUGAGCGCUCAAGGAGUUCACGUCGACCCCACAAAAAUCGAAGCCGUACGCUCGUGGAAGACACCCGAGAACGUGAAGGAGUUGCAGCAGUUCCUAGGCUUCGCUAAUUACUACAACAGGUUCGUGCCACAGUAUGCGAAACUCGCAGCUCCACUCACGAAUCUGCUGAAGAAGAAUACGCCCUACAAAUGGGAGAAGAAGCACGAGGAAGCCGUGGAGCAGCUGAAACAGGCACUGACAUCCGCCCCGGUGCUCAUCUUGCCAGAUCCCGAACGUGACUACGUCAUCGAAGCAGACGCCAGUGAUCAGGCUGUGGGAGCAGUCUUGAUGCAAGACCAGGGGAAUGGACUGCAACCAAUCGCCUACCUCAGCAAGAAACUGCACGGGGCAGAACUCAACUACCCGAUACACGACAAAGAGGCCCUUACCAUUGUCAUUGCCUUCAAAGUGUGGAGAUGUUAUCUCGAAGGACGCAGAACAACCGUCUACACCGACCACUGCAGCCUGAAAUAUUUGAAGACACAACCCAACCUUUCCAGGCGGCAGGUCCAGUGGAUUGACUUCCUCGAGACGCACUUCCACUACGACAUCGUGUACAAGCCCGGCCACAAGAAUAAGGCAGACGCCCUCAGCCGGCCUGCACACGUUGCCGCCAUUCAGGCCGAAGGGAUGAAUCCACUACUCAAGGGACUCUUCACACACGGGUACGCCAUCGACCCCGAAAUUUCCUUGGCAGAAAAAAGACAUCU